AUGUCCCCGCACUAUCCACAGUCAAACAGCCACGCCGAGGCUGUGGUCAAGUCUGCACCUGACGGCAACAUCGACUGUGAGGCAUUCGACCGGGGCCUGCUAGAGCUCCGGAACACCCCAACCCCUGCUGGCCGCUCUCCCGCCCAGCAUUUGUAUGGCCAUCCUCUUCGGACGUGUGUCCCCACCCACCCCCAGUCCUUCUCUCAAGAGUGGCAAACCAAGUCUGAUGACUGGGACUGCCGCGCCGCUGCCCAAGCCGACCAAGUGAACAGCCGCUACGAUAGCCAUGCCCGUCCUCUUCCAAGGCCAGCGUGUGCGCAUUCAGGACCACACAUCCCUCCAAUGGGAUAA